GGAGUGAGCGUGCGCAGUACGCGCUCUCGCCCGAAAAGCCGCAGUGUCGAGAGCGCCAAGGUGUUUCAGUAGUCUCUGGCUAAGCUGGUCUCGCGAACCGGGUGUCGGUGGGCUGCACCCCGGGCGGGAACGUCCGCCGGGCACAGGAGGGGGCCACGAUGCCGAUCAAUAAAUCAGAGAAGCCAGAAAGCUGCGAUAAUGUGAAGGUCGUUGUUAGGUGCCGGCCCCUCAAUGAGAGAGAGAAAUCAAUGUGCUACAGACAGGCUGUCAGUGUGGAUGAAAUGAGGGGAACUAUCACUGUACACAAGACUGAUUCUUCCAACGAACCUCCAAAGACAUUUACUUUUGAUACUGUUUUUGGACCAGAGAGUAAACAACUUGAUGUUUAUAAUUUAACUGCAAGACCUAUUAUUGAUUCUGUUCUUGAAGGCUACAAUGGAACUAUUUUUGCAUAUGGACAAACUGGAACAGGCAAAACUUUUACCAUGGAAGGUGUUCGAGCUGUUCCUGAACUUAGAGGAAUAAUUCCCAAUUCAUUUGCUCACAUAUUUGGUCAUAUUGCAAAAGCAGAGGGUGACACAAGAUUUUUGGUUCGUGUGUCUUAUUUGGAAAUAUAUAAUGAAGAAGUUCGUGACCUUUUGGGCAAGGAUCAGACACAAAGGUUAGAGGUUAAAGAAAGACCUGAUGUGGGAGUUUAUAUCAAAGAUUUAUCAGCUUAUGUGGUAAAUAAUGCUGAUGAUAUGGAUAGAAUUAUGACACUAGGCCACAAAAACCGUUCUGUUGGUGCAACUAAUAUGAAUGAACAUAGUUCCCGUUCUCACGCCAUCUUUACUAUUACUAUAGAAUGCAGUGAGAAGGGUGUUGAUGGGAAUAUGCAUGUCAGGAUGGGGAAGCUCCACCUUGUAGAUCUUGCUGGUUCAGAAAGACAAGCAAAAACUGGAGCUACUGGACAACGCCUAAAGGAAGCUACAAAAAUCAAUCUUUCGCUUUCCACCCUUGGUAAUGUAAUUUCUGCCUUGGUCGAUGGAAAAAGCACUCAUGUGCCUUAUCGCAACUCUAAGUUGACACGUCUUCUUCAGGAUUCUUUAGGAGGAAAUUCAAAAACCAUGAUGUGUGCAAAUAUUGGGCCAGCAGAUUACAAUUAUGAUGAAACUAUCAGUACAUUACGGUAUGCUAACCGUGCUAAGAAUAUUAAAAAUAAAGCUAGAAUUAAUGAAGAUCCAAAGGAUGCUCUGCUUCGUCAGUUUCAGAAAGAAAUAGAAGAACUGAAAAAAAAGCUUGAAGAAGGGGAAGAAAUAUCAGGCUCUGAUAUCAGUGGGUCAGAGGAAGAAGAUGAUAAAGAUGGUGAGAUUGGAGAAGAUGGAGAGAAAAGGAAAAAAAGAAAGGGCAGUAGCAGCAGCAGUAGUUCAGACUCCACAUGUUCUGUCAUAGAGAAACCUCUGGAUAAGUUCUUGCCUAGUAAAAAGAAAGUUUCUCCAGAUAAAAUGGUUGAAAUGCAAGCAAAAAUUGAUGAGGAGAGAAAAGCACUCGAAACAAAGCUUGACAUGGAAGAAGAAGAAAGAAACAAGGCUAGAGCUGAACUGGAGAAACGGGAAAAAGAUCUACUUAAAGCCCAACAAGAGCAUCAAUCUUUGCUAGAAAAAUUAUCUGCACUGGAGAAAAAGGUAAUUGUUGGUGGUGUUGAUUUGUUGGCCAAAGCUGAGGAACAAGAGAAACUUCUUGAAGAAUCUAACAUGGAACUGGAAGAAAGAAGGAAAAGAGCAGAACAACUUCGCAGAGAACUUGAAGAAAAAGAGCAAGAACGCUUAGAUAUUGAAGAAAAAUAUACCAGUUUGCAAGAGGAAGCACAGGGAAAGACUAAGAAGUUAAAGAAAGUUUGGACAAUGCUGAUGGCUGCAAAGUCCGAGAUGGCUGAUCUUCAACAAGAACAUCAGAGGGAAAUUGAAGGCCUUCUGGAGAACAUUCGGCAGCUUAGCCGGGAGCUUCGACUUCAGAUGCUUAUUAUUGAUAACUUUAUACCUCAGGAUUAUCAGGAAAUGAUUGAAAACUAUGUCCAUUGGAAUGAAGACAUAGGAGAAUGGCAGCUAAAAUGUGUUGCAUACACAGGAAAUAAUAUGAGGAAGCAAACCCCGGUACCUGAUAAAAAGGAGAAAGAUCCCUUCGAAGUGGACCUUUCCCAUGUGUAUCUUGCCUAUACUGAGGAGAGUCUACGUCAGUCUCUGAUGAAAUUAGAGAGGCCACGGACUUCAAAGGGGAAGGCACGGCCCAAGACAGGGAGAAGAAAGCGUUCUGCAAAGCCUGAAACUGUAAUUGACUCUUUACUUCAGUAAAUGUUACAGACUUAAAGUUACAAUAAAAAUUAAUGAUAUUCUCAUGCUUGGACAGAAUCUUUAAUUAAAACACUGAAGACUUCUGAGUAAGUUCAAAUAAGAGAAGCUAUAAAUGAUGGAGUAAGACUGGAUAUAUUAAUUUGCCUAAUAACUUUUAGUCUAUAUAUAUGGAGUUCAUAUAACAUUGUACAACCGGUACUGUUCAGAGAUCAUUCUGCUCUUCACUUGAACUGUGCAGGGAAGUUGGGGAAGGAGUUCAUACCAUAGAGAGGUAUAGUUUAGAUGUAUUUGUAAAUCGGUUAGCUAUUUACCUAACUACUGUAUAUUUAGAAAACAAUUUCAAAAUAGAAAAACGAUUCUCCCGUUUUGCACACAGAAAGUAGCAGAUCAGAUUGUCCUAUGUUGCACUGUUAUAUAUGAAUGUUUGAGCUGCUUAUCUAAUAAAUGACCUAACAUUAGCCUUCCAGCCUGUUUAAACAUGUUCUGAUUUUCCAGUAUUCAUUGCAUUUUAAGUAUGAAAUGACUGAUCUUAUUGUUCUCCUGUAGAAAAUUUUAUAACUCAACAAUCUUUGCAAAUAUACGUUUUAAAAAAAGUUGAAAAUGUGUUUUAUCUGGACCUCUCCUGACUGGCUACUUUGAGUCAAAUCAAAUACACAUUUUUGUCGUUCUGAUUUCAUGUUCUCUUGAAAUGUUGAAUUGCACCUAAAUAUGACGGGGCCAUGGUGGCAGAAAAUUAAGUAGCUAAGUGGAGGCCAUUUAUCCUUGCCUGUCUGUGUAUUUUUAAAUAUUAACUUUGAAGUGUGACUUAUGGAUGCAUUUUUCUGAGUUCUGAAUUUUGAUGGAAAUUACUCUGUAUCUCCCAAUUAAGGGUAUACAUCUUCCAGAAAAUGCAGCUAAGCAAGAAAAAUGUCUUUUAGUCCUGUCUUUAAAACACUUUGUUUUGGGCAGCGCCUGUGGCUCAGUAGGGCGCCAGCCCCAUAUACCAAUGGUGGCAGGUUUGAACCGGGCCCCCGCCAAUCUGCAACAAAAAAAUAGCCGGGCAUUGUAGCAGGCGCUUGUAGUCCCACCUACUUGGGAGGCUGAGGCAAGAGAAUUGCCUAAGCCAAAGAGCUGGAGGUUGCCAAGACCUGUGACACCAUGGCACUCUACUGAGGGCAACAAAGUGAGACUCUGUCUCUAAAAAAUAAAAUAAAUAAAUAAAUAAAAUAAAACACUUUGUUUUGUUUUUCAUAUUUUAUAAAAAAAAUUUUUCCCUAAUUUUAACUAUUGAUUAAUCUAGUUAGACCAUAUUUCUCUAUAAUUAAAAUUAUGUUCAUUUUAUAGUUAAAUAAGUUGUAAUAAAAUCAUUCUUUUGUGGCUGCUUACAGAAUUUUGAUUUCUUUUGAAAGCUACUCUACUCCUAAACCACAUAAUAUAUGUUUUACGGGUUUUAAAAUUAUGUAAUUAGCCAUGAAACACAUUGGUUGAAAAGGUUUUGAGACUUCAUAAGUUAGUAUUUAUUAAAUUAAUAUUUUAGUAAGUUUGAUUAAAUAUUAGUUUAUAAUACAAAGUUGUUAUACAGUGGGGAUGAGUGAUGGUAAAAAUGUGUCCGUAAAUUUAAAGUACGUUCCAGAAGUGGACUCAAUGUUCUGUACAUGGUGAAUAUUUUCUAGGUAAUUAGAAUUGCAUUUCACUGGCAGCAUUUUCUUUGUAAUGUGUUAGAUAGUUAGAAGUUUAUAACUUAUUCUGUGGGUCAUUGUUUAGGUACUGUGGAGACUUGAGGUGAAUACAUGUCUUAUAAAAGCUGUGUGAGCAGAAUAUUUUGAUAAUUGUAAAAUGUUUUUGAUGAUGUACACAUAAUGGUGUUAGAAAUUACUCUAUAGAGAACUUAAUUUUGCUAGUAGAUAAAAAAGAUCAGUGCUUCUUUUUAAAAGUCCACGUUCCCAGACUUCAACAAUUCAAUUAAACAGGAGAGGAAUAACUUUUGAAUUAAGCUUUAAAACAUCAUAGGAAUUUAAGCGAGUAUCUCAGACAUUUUUUCUAUCCCACCCUACCACAGAAAGAAAUCUAUAAAAAGGCACAAUAGGCCAGGCACAAUGGCUCACACCUGUAAUCUUAGAACUUUGAGAGGCCAGAAGUGUGAGACCAAUUUAAGCAACAUAGUAAGAAGCUGUCUCUACAAAAGGGCGGUGCCUGUGGCUCAAAGGAGUAGGGCACCAGCCCCAUAUGCCAGAGGUGGCAGGUUCAAACCCAGCUCUGGCCAAAAACUGCAAAAAAAAAAAAAAAAAAAAGAAGCUGUCUCUACAAAAUAUAAAAGAAAUUAGCUAAGCAUUGGUGGUAUAGGCCUCCUAGCUACUUGGGAAGUUGAGGCAGGGGGAUCACUUGAGCCCAGGAGAUUGAGAUUGCUGUGAACUAUAAUCAUGUCACUGCACUCCAGCCUGGACAACAGAGCGGAACCCUGUCUCAAAAAGAAAGAAAGAAACAAACAAAAACAAGUCAAAAUAAAAAGUCAAUCUGUAAAAAGUCAAUUGAGAAAUUUUUAAAGCAGGCUUCUAUAACAAUUUUUUUUUGAAAAAAGCAAUAUGUUAAAACUGAUUAUACUAGAUAGACGUUAAAUAUCUGUCUUACAAAAUACCAAAAUUUGCUACUCAAGCCAGGCCUGAAUAUCCAUAUGAAAAUAUGGGACAUUGACUUUAGUGCUAUUCAUUCAGUUCGUUAUAGCAGUUCUGUGAUAUCUUCAUAUCGAUGAUGUCUUUGUCCACAAAAGAAAUAUUUUGUAACUUCAGUGUUAAUUUUAUGAAAGGAUAUAGAUGAACAAACUUGCUCAUUAUUUGAAAUAAAUAUGCAAAUUCAAAAUGAGUUCAUAUAGAUAUAUAGGUUAUUGAAUGGGCAUCUUUUUUUCCUCUUUAAUUUAAAAAGUAAUAUUUAUUUAUUAAAAGGUGUCUUGGUAGAGUUAUUGGUUUAUAGUAUGUUCUUAUAAUUACAUAUACUAAUACUUAGGAUAUUAAAAUAUAAUAACAUUCUCCAUUUUUUGUUUAGAUUCUUGUAAAGUAUAAAGCUAAUCAAGGAGAGAGUCUGUAUCUACAUGUUGGUCCCACAGGUAGAAUCCAUUUGACAAGUUAUUUCAUAUACUUUUCUAGAGAAAGGGGAAUUUUUUCUGCAGCAGGAAAUUUAAUGUUACUUUGGGAGAAAGGGUGGUGGUAUUUUAUUCGUAACAUGUUUUUAAAAUUAUGAUUAUGGUUUUGGGGUGGCUUUCUUGUUUUGUUUUGUUUUAGUCUAUUUUUAAUAUCUUUCUCCUUAACUCUUAAGGAAGGUAUUUCUCUUUCCUACAGGGCUGUGAAUUAAGGAAUGGGUGGAGUUUACAUUUAAGUGUGCCAGUGUCUGCCCAAUUUCUUAAUGUAUACAUUUGUUUUCCUUUUUAAUUAUUCUUUGUUCUUAAAAUACUAGAAGAAAACAUAGAUCUUUCUAGUGCCUUUGAACUUAUACUGUAGUCUGAUUAAUUUAAAAUUAUUAAUAACUUUAAUAACAUUACUAUAAUGCUGUAUACUGGCCAAAAUGACAAAUUGUAGAGUAAAUUUAUUGCAUCAGUUUCAGAAGCCACACUUUCAUUGUAUUUUAUGUAUAAGUUGUAUUUGUUCAAGUUGUAUAUAUUGAUAUUGUAGGUAUACGUGCAGCAUGGUUAAAUAAGAAUAAAAGUCUUUUAUCUAAG